AUAAAAUAUUAAAAUUACAGCACAAACAAAUAUUAAUAGCAACCUCCACUUCGCUUAUCCCACCCUUCACACACAAUUCCAACCUCAAAUCAAGAACAACAGCUAAUACAAAUGGGAGAGGAAGAAAAUAAACUAGAGAAAACAAAAGCAGCGGAAAAAGAGCAGCCAAAAGAACCAAAAAAGGCAGAAACAACUGUAGUAGAAGAUAAAGGAGUAGAAAAAUUGGUGGAAGAACCAAAAUCCGAAGCCGCAGUUCUACCUGAAAUUGUGCUAAGAGUGUUCAUGCAUUGUGAAGGUUGUGCCCGCAAGGUUCGUCGUUCACUGAAGGACUUUCCAGGGAUAGAAACAGUGAUAACAGAUACUAAGUCUCAGAAAGCAGUGGUGAAGGGAGAAAUAGCAGAUCCACUUAAGAUUGUGGAGAGAGUGCAGAAAAAGAGUCAUAGAAAGGUGGAACUUCUGUCUCCAAUUCCAAAACAGUCUUCAUCAGAGGAUGAGAAAAAAUCACCAAUAGAAGAAGAGAAGACCGAGCAAAAGAAACAAGAGAUUAUAACUGUUGUUCUGAAAGUUCACAUGCACUGCGAAGCCUGUUCACAAGAAAUCAAGCGACGAAUACUCAAAAUGAAGGGGGUGGAAUCAGCUGAAGCAGAUCUAAAGAAUUCAUUAGUCAGUGUAAAAGGCGCCAUGGAAGCUUCGAAGCUUGUUGACUACGUAUACAAGAGAACAGCAAGACAUGCAGUGAUAAUAAGAGUAGAACCACAGGAAACAUCAAAGAUUCAAGAAGAAAAACCAACAAAUUCAGAAGAAGAAAAGUCACAACAAGAACAAGUUGGUAGCACUGAAAAUAACAAGAAAGAAGAAGAAAAGAAGAAUAAAAAAGAAGAGAAAGUAGCUGAAGAAGAAAUAAAACAAGAAGAGAAAGAAAAAAAGGAGGAUAAUAAUAAUAAUAAUAAUAAUAAUAAUAAAGAAAAAGAGACUAUUAGUUUGACUAAAAAUGAACAUUACUAUUACCCACCAAGACAUGGCAUGGAGUUGUAUGCAUAUGCCUACAAUUAUAAUUUUCCACCACCUCCACCUCCACCUCUUUCUCUUCUUAAUAAUGCACACCCUCUUUAUUAUCAAAACUAUCCUCCUCAGAUGUUCAAUGAUGAAAAUCCAGAUGCAUGUAAUGUUAUGUAAAAUUCUAAAAUUUAAGAUAGUUGUAUCUUUUUUUCUUUACUUGCGCAUUUAUUAUUGUAAUAUUACCUGAUAUGAUAUGAUGUAUUAAAAGUUUGAA